GGUGCAUGCCUUACAUAAAUAGGUAUUAAGGAGUCACGAACCAAACGAACGAUGCUAUAAAGUCAGAAAACCCGGUCAUGAACUUAUAAAAGGUGACAAGUUGUUCAUUGACGGUAACGUGAUACUUAAAGAUGCUUCAUCGGUGCUAUCGAAGAAAGCUAAAACGGAAGAGUCGCUACAGAGUUUGAUGGGUAUAUGCAUAACGAAGAAUCAGACAGUGCCCGAAGACGACGAAUUUCGGUGCUGCUCGAAUCUGAACACGUUCACGGCCAGCUGCGCAUCACUGUCCCCGCCUUCUGCGUAUCUGUUGCAGCUGGACAGCCCCCAGCAAAAGGCCCGCGGUCAGGCAAAGAUCGGAAAAUCAGAAAACGACCAUUCAACGGCGACUGCCGAUAACUGUACGUUCUGUGCCAACUGCUUUACGACGACGACCACCGCCUGGCGACGUGAUCGUUUCGGCAGAUUGGUGUGCAACGCCUGCGGCUUGUACUACAGGCUACACAAGGCACGACGUUUGUUUUCACAUUGGACUGUUUUUAGGGACCGACCCUUUGGCAGACUUUUACUGCAGACGCCAUUAUUACUGGUCACUAUAAGCAGACAGUGA